AUGCCCCCGGCCACACUGGCGGUGGCUAGCGGAGACGAUUAUGCAAGUCUCGAGAAGAACAGCCGCAUUGAGUUUUACCCCGCCCACGAAAUCGGGCAACACAUGCCCACUGCCGCGCUUUACUUUAGCGGGGAAAUCCUCACCAUGCUGGCCUAUGGGGACCGCCUCAUAGUGGCCCUUGCCGGUCUGGCGAGCGGGAGUGACAUCGUCUUCGUCUCCUGCAACUCAGGGGUCGCAAAGAAGGAGUUUGGCGCAGCCAAGGUCGGGCGCCGAGUGCACAAGUUCUUGGCCUACGAGGACCACAUUUUGGUUGCGUUGCAUUCCAAGUCCAUCCUGAUCUACCGGUGGCUAGACUUGCUUGCGGGCCGCUCGCCCCGCGGAAACCUCUCCCUUGGUGGUCGUAUGGUGGGAGACAUGACGAUCUUCAGCAAGACAAAACUGGUGGUGUCGAUCUCUCCUGGGUACCUCUACGUGUUCAGCCUGCCGGAAGCCUUGGAGGGCAGCAAGCAGCCGGACUUUGUGAUGUCUCCAAGCCAAGGGUCUCACAUCACGAGACUUUGCGAGAUCCCUGAGCUGGGCCUGGUGAUUGGGAGCUUCGACCAGAAGGUGCGAAUCUUCCGUGAAAAAGACCUUGCCACUGGAUCGUGUUUCAAGACCCUGGAGAUCUGCGAUUUUCCCCAGGAGAUGGUGGUGACGGCAGAAGGUUUCCUGGUCGUCGCUAGCUCGAACUUGCUGGAGGUCUUCGGUUGGAAGGCGAUGCUGCCAGGGACGAGACAAAGGCUGCCGUUCUUGUCGCUGCCGGUGCCGAGCAUGAUCAUCGGCUUGUUGCAGCUUCCUGGGCUGGGACUCGCUGUAAUCAGUCGUCUCCAUGUGCACAUCUACAGCCACGGCGUCAUGACCAAGGUUUCCAGGCCCUGGGCCCGACUUGAAGUUGAAGGCGCCUAUCUUCGCAUGAUGAAGCCGGUUACGGGGAACCUGCUGGUGACGAGCAGCCCGGGGAAGCCCCCUUCAGUCUUCAGCUAUGGGGGCGACGUCCUCGGAGCCUUCAGGUGGCAGGGUGACUUGAAGGUGGACGUGGGCGACCAUGUUGAUUGCAUCCAGGAGCUCGAGGAUGGCGUCAUUGCUGUGGGCCUCCAGAAAGGGGUGGGGCUCUUCAAUUUGUCCGCGAUCGAGGCUGAGCUGCCGCGCUUCAAGUUCCUGGACACAGACAAAGGCUUAUCGCGCCCGUUUUACUCCAUGUGCUACCACGGACAGAAGCUGCUGGCGGGAAGCAAUGACAAGGUCUUCGUCUUCUCUGACGUGUUUAGCGAUGACACCAGGACAGCCACAGCUUUGUUGCUUGGCGCCCCCCAAAUAUUGUCCGUGGCUUGUCUUGGGAAUGAUCAUUGGGCUGCCGGCGGCAACGAUGAGAAGAUACAGAUCUUGGCUGGGCCCCCUCUGGAAGUGGUGGCAAGGUUCUCAGUACAUGGCCCUGUGAGGGCGAUCAGGCUGGUGCAACAGCAUUUGCUGUGUGUCACAGACUCAAUGCUGACCGUGUUUGAGAAGACGGAGUCGGGUCUUCUGGAGCUGGCAUCGCUGGCCACCAACCACAUCGAGACCGCGGGCGGCUCCCUGGACUUCCUGUCGGGCGGUCUGUUGGUGGGACUUAUGCUCUACAGGGACGAAGCCGCCACCUCCACCUGCGCUGCCGGUUUCUUCUCCAAGCAGGAUCGCUUCUUCUGCGAUGAAUGCCCCACAGGGUGGCACUCCGUGGCUGGAGCAGGCUCCUGCGAGUACCCCGAGCCGCAGUUGAAGCUGAAAGUGCUUGGGAUCCUACUGUUGGAGCUGGCGGUGGCAAGCCUUUUGGCGAAGCAAAGUGGCAAGUUCUUUCUGGACAAGGAUGUGGGAUGGUCGUUGGCACCGGAGAAUCUUCCUUUGGCCCACUUGAUGCCCUACCUCUCGGUCGUCGUGGGCCCGGCGGCGCUGUGGGCUGCCUGGGCCUCGCAGCACCGGGCUUUCUUGGCGCUGGCGCCCGGGCUGACACUGGCGACGCUGGUAUGUCCCCGUGAGGAGACCCGCGGAGCUGCAGCAGUUUGA